AUGAGAAGGGGGCAUUACAGGGGUGAUUCAGGCGGCCGUGGCCGUGGCGGUGGUCGUGGUGCAUACGGAGCCCAAUUGAAUCAGCAGCAGCAAAACAGGUCUGGGUAUUAUCAAGGACGCCACCAAGAGCAGCAGGAAAAAGACCCUAAUCAUUAUCACAACCAAUUGAGAUGGGAAAGAGACGGUGGUCACAAUAAAUUGCCUAUGAAUUCCAUGUCACCCAAUGCAUCAUUCGACGAAGGUCAAGGAUAUCAAGCUUCUAGAUCCUACUACCAAGAUCAGAGGCCGGAUCCUCAGAUGCCAUUCGAAAAACAAAGUGGUAGUGAUCCCAGACAUCAGCCUCGCGAAGAGGAUAUGGACAUAGGAUACGAAGAUGAUCGCAUGUCACAAACUUUUGAAGGUCUUGAGCAGAGAUUCCUUGAUGACAUCAUGAAACUGAGUAAAGAACAAACUGAUGCAGAGGAUGCGGAAAAUGCUAGGCAUCGGGAGAGAAUAAACACAAUCAACAUACAAUAUCAAGAGCAGCUAGCUGCACUACGAGCUCGACAUGCCACUCGCAGGGACGAGUUUCUUCAGAGGGAGUCCCAUGCAAGGCAACAGCAAUACCAGCAGGCAGCUAUUGACCAAUAUCCAAACAGUCACAUGAGUGCUAAUGAUCCUCACAGGGAACGAAGUCGUUUUUCAGGCAGUGCAAGGGAUCAGGGAUUUGAGCCUAAAGUUCAAUAUACAGGAGGCCGGGUUUAUGACACUGGCUCUCGCUACUAUUGA